GGUGAGGUUAGGAGCCACUAAUCCGGUUGUACACUAAUCACCAUGGUUGAGACCCGUAGUGGGAAAGAUACUCACCCCUACACGCCUGAGCAGCAAGCGAAGAUGGCCGCCUUAGUGAAAGAAAACAAGGAGAGAAAGGAGCUUGAGAAGCAGGCGAAGCUAAAGGCUAUCGCAGAGGAACAGGCGGCAAAGAUGAAGAGAUUGGAGGAGGAGAUAAAGAGGGUGCAACAGGAGGAGGAAGAGAGGAGAAAGGCUGCUGAAGCAGAAGUAGCAGCAGAAGAAGAAAAAAAGAGAAUGCGGAUUGAGAGUGGAGAAGGGAGUAGUGGCAUGAUGAACAGGGGUACAUAUGUAGAGAUGGAGAAAAGGAUAAGUGAGUGGGUCGCUAAUUUAUCGUCGGGAGAAGACGAGGAGCCAGAGUCUCAUGUGACUCAAGAUGAAAGGGAUGCGCUAGCCAGUGAGCUAGCAGCAAUGACAGAUCCUAUGGAACGGCGAGAAAGGGAGGAGGAGCAGAAGUUGGCGUGGAAGUUAAGGAUGAAGAGAGAGAAGAAGAGGAGGAGAGGAGAAGUGAACAAACUGACCGCAGGGGUGACAAAGGUGCAGGAGUGUAGGAAGGAAGUGUUGGCCCAGCCAGAUGACAAGGCCAAGUGGGAUGAGGUGUUGGGCUACCUAGAGGUGUUGAGUACAGCCUGGAUGGAGGAGCGUCAAGCUAGUUGGAGCCAAGAGGUAGCCCUGAGUGCCAUGCGGUCGGGGUUUAGAGACUUUGCGCGCGAUAUCGUCACCCAAAUUGGGGGCGAAGUCAGGCAACUGAGGGAUAACGUGGGGAAGUUUUGUGAGGGUGCCAUUGAAGGUGCCAAAGCAAUAGCCGCUUAGAGGGCGAGGUCAGACCCCGUAAAGAGCCUGUAAAACUCAAGUUCCCAAACGCAUACGGGGGGAAGAAGGAGGAGAGCUUUGACAGCUGGGAGACU